UGUCUCUCUAAUCCACACCGUUCGUUCGCCUUCUUAGUUCUUCCCAUCCCACGCCCUAAUUUCUUCUCCUUCUUCUUCUCAAUUGCUUCUCACGACCAGCAUCACUCCGAGGACGACGCUGAAAAUCAAUCCCUAAUUACAAGAUGAGCCGACCAAUGGAGGAAGAUGCUACUACUAAGAAUGAGGAAGAGGAAUUCAACACUGGUCCACUUUCUGUUCUCAUGAUGAGUGUUAAAAACAACACUCAGGUCCUCAUAAAUUGUCGCAACAACAAAAAGCUAUUGGGACGUGUAAGGGCCUUCGACCGGCAUUGUAAUAUGGUUCUGGAAAAUGUUAGAGAGAUGUGGACCGAGGUACCAAAAACUGGGAAGGGCAAGAAAAAAGCUCAACCUGUUAACAAGGACAGAUUCAUCAGUAAGAUGUUCCUGAGAGGAGAUUCCGUCAUUAUCGUUCUUAGGAAUCCCAAGUAAGAAAAGCUGGCUAUCUCAUAAUAUGUUCAGUUUGAAUUCUUCUAUCAGACUCCUUACGCUUGCUGAUGAGAAACUACAAACUUUCAUUUGAUAGUCUAACCUUCUGCCAAGUUUGUUUGGAGCUAUGUUAGUUGUAGUUCUUUUGAAUUUCUCUCUUUUGUUUCCAAGCCGUUUGCCAAAUAGUGUAACUAUAGAACUCCAUGAAGUGUAUCAGUYAGGUGUCAGAGAUUGUUGAGUAAAAAUCAGAUACUUCCUGCAAUAUUUGUGCUUUAACGUGUGUAGCAGCCUUGGUUAAGGACGUCAUUUUGUUUUGUUCGACAAGUGAUAUUAUCUUUCAGAAUUAUGAGAAUCCGGGCUUGGAAGAUAA